AUGCUGACCCAUGCGGCGAUCGCCCUUAACCGCAUCUGGGCGCUGUGGAUGCCGGUGACCUUUCACAAUGUUCAUAACUUCCGCUUCGCCUGGCUGGUGGUAAUGGGAAUCUGGCUAGCGGCACACGUCAUCGGCGUGCCGCCCACUAUAGCUGACAUUGUCAUCUCCCACCGGCCGACCAUCAUCAGCCAGUGCUUUUUCCACGAGGCGGGCGAGGAUUCGUACAAAACAGCUGCGCUGUCCAUCAACGAAAUACUGAAUGUGAUUUGCUUUGUGGUUAUCGUCGCGGCGUUUCCGUUAGUGAUGUGGAAACAAAAGGUCAGGGCGGUUUGGAAGAAACAGAUCACGAUUCGUUUGAAAAUCCAAUCGACUGACAGUUCAACAGAACGGCAGUCGCGAGUUCUGAUGGGGAUUCUAACGGCCAGUAUACUGAUAUGCUGGGGACCGGUUAUCGGAUAUUUGGCAUUAGCUGCCAUAGCGGAUUAUGACAAUUUGAUGGUCGUGCAAGUGUUAACGAUAUUGUUCAACUGUCAGUCGAUUGCGGACCCCAUAUUGAUUAUCCUGGCCCUGCCAGUUUGGAGAGAAUGCGUCAACGAAAUUGUUGGAGAAUGUUUGACGCUCCGUGAUUAA